CUCCCCCUUCCGUCGACCCCUCUCUCCUCAUGGUCAGCCGUCAACGAUGCAGGUGAAGACUCCCAUGCCCGGCGUGUUCCUCCCCCGGCACUUCCGCCGCGUGGUCCCUCUUUUUGUGACCGCCUUCGUGCUGGUCUUCUAUCUCUCCAUCACAGACACCUUUGGCGAGCUCAGUGGCAGCCUGUCGCAUACCAGUGGUCGGGGCAAGCCCUUCCCGCGGAAGAUCUGGCAAUCGUGGAAGGUCAAUCCGUUUGAGUUCGAGGAGCGCGACUUGAACGUCGCGCGGAGCUGGACAUCCACAAAUCCUGGCUACCGCUACGAGGUGUUGACUGAUGGUAACGACCUAGACUAUGUGGAAACGCAUUUUGGGCCCGAUGGGCUCAAUCGUCCGGACAUCGUCAGCACCUACCGCGCCCUCACCGCAAAGAUCAUCAAGGCUGACCUUCUCCGCUACUUGGUGAUGUACGUGGAUGGCGGAGUGUACGCUGACAUCGACGUCGAGGCCAUCCGUCCUCUGGACCGCUUCAUCCCAGAGCGCUACAGCGAACGCGAGAUUGAUUUGAUUAUCGGUGUUGAGAUUGACGAGCCAGACUUCAAUGACCACCACAUCCUGGGACAGAAGUCACAGUCCUUCUGCCAAUGGACCUUCAUCAGCAAGCCGCGUCAACCCGUCAUGAUGCGGAUAGUCGAGAACAUUAUUGGAUGGCUGCACGACCUCACCGUCAAACAAGGCAAGCCCAUCGCGGAGCUGGAGCUCGACUUCGACGACGUGAUCAGCGGGACCGGGCCCUCUGCCUUCACCACCGCAGUCUUAGCCGAGAUGAGCUAUCGCACAGGCCGAGAGGUGACCUGGAAGACCUUCCAUGACAUCCCUGAGUCCAAGGUAGUGGGUGGGAUCCUGGUGCUCACCGUCGAAGCCUUCGCCGCAGGCCAGGGCCACUCAGACUCCGGCAACCACAACGCCCGCAGUGCGCUGGUCAAGCACCACUACCACGCGUCGGGAUGGCCGUCGAACCACCCACGAUUCAACCACCCGUUGUAUGGCGAAGUCGAACAGUGCAACUGGAACAAGCAAUGCGUCGCCGAAUGGGACGCCAACACAGCAGCGUUUGCGGCCCUGUCGGAGGAGGAACAAGCUCAACAGAUCGCGCUGAAGCAGGCAGCGGAUGCAGCCGCGGAAGCAGCAGACGCAGCGGAGGUGGAACUGCAGCUGGAUGAUCUAGACCUCGGGCUAAAGCAUUGAUGGUUGAUGAUUGAUGUUGUCGGAACGCGCGGUCGACACGAACACGCCAUCUAGCGCGAAUAAUUCACCAUGUGUCGCGGUCUGGAGUAACGGUUCCUCGUGGGGGUACAGUGAAUGGGUCAUGGAAGUACCUCGGAUAAUGGUUCUGUAUGGCGCAUGAUUUAUGGCUUAGAACUUGUGCUUUUUACUAUACUACGACAAGCUAGGACAUGGCGGGAGCUGUUGCUGCUAUUCAUGUUACUCAGCGUCUGAAGAAAAAAUGUCCUCAAUUUAAUUUAGUCACGUUGUCCUUCGGCCAGAUAGUGGUGGGUGGGUACGACCUCACGAGGGCUCCGACGGACGCCCAUUU